CGGGUGGGCCGCGCCGCCGGGGGCGCUUGGCUCCUGGAUGGGCGACAGGGGUGCAAUCGGGGGCAGAGAGGAAGGAGGUUCCCUAAAGUCUAGGUGGUCGGGCUCUGUGGGGCGGGGGCGGCGGUGUCUUCCGAGGCAAAUGUGAGCUGGGCUGCGAUCCCUAGGCUUGCAAGCCGGUGGGUGGGGGGACAGGGAGAGAGCCCCGGAGAGGCAUUAAAAGGCCAAGGGGGACCCCUGAGAGCCAGGAGCGAGAUAAGCGAGGGAGCAGCGGCGGCGGCGGCGGCGGCGGGGGGAGGAGGAGUGAGCGCCGGCCCCGCGCGCCCUCCGGGGGGGCGGGGAGGAGGGGGCGGGCGGUGGGGGGACGGGGGAGGCGCGGGAGGAGGAAGUCCGAGAGACAGAGCGAGCCGCGCUCCUGAGGGGAGACGUCGGGCUCGUCCCCGGGGUCCCGGCCGCGGUCCCCGCUCGCGCGCGCAGCCGCCCAGCCACUCCGGCUCCGCGGCCCGGAGGCCGCUGCGCAGGCCGGGCCCGAGGCCCGGGGAGGGAUGUGCCGGGUGCCGCUGGCGGCCCGCGGCUUCGGCCAGAAGCGCCGGCAGGGCUGAGGGAGGCGACGGCGAGGCACUGGCUCGCAGCGGCCGCGGCUGCAGCCCGGGCGGAGGGCUAGGGCGCUCGCCGGGCCUCUGGGCCGCCCGCGCUCCCGCGCCCCCGCGCCCGGCCCCGGGCCCGCCCCCGCCGCCCGGCCCCGCUCCCGGGCGCCCGAUGACCUCCGAGGGCGGGCCGCCGCCGCCCCCGCCGCGCCCGCCGCCGGCCCCGCUCCGCCGCGCCCGCAGCCCGGGCCCCGGCGCGCUGCAGGCCGCCCUGAUGAGCCCGCCGCCGGCCGCCGCCGCCGCCCUGGAGGCCGCCUCGUCGUCCUCGUCCUCAUCCUCGGCCGCCUCCUCGGCCGGCGCGGCCCCGAACGCCUGCAAGAGCGCGGGCGCGGGCGGCGGCGGCGCCAAGAGGGCGAGCGCGGGGCUGCGGCGGCCGGAGAAGCCGCCCUUCUCCUACAUCGCGCUCAUCGUCAUGGCCAUCCAGAGCUCGCCCGCCAAGCGCCUGACGCUCAGCGAGAUCUACCAGUUCCUGCAGGCGCGCUUCCCCUUCUUCCGCGGCGCCUACCAGGGCUGGAAGAACUCGGUGCGCCAUAACCUCUCGCUCAACGAGUGCUUCAUCAAGCUGCCCAAGGGCCUCGGGCGGCCGGGCAAGGGCCACUACUGGACCAUCGACCCGGCCAGCGAGUUCAUGUUCGAGGAGGGCUCCUUCCGCCGCCGGCCGCGCGGCUUCAGGCGGAAGUGCCAGGCGCUCAAGCCCAUGUACCACCGCGUGGUGAGCGGCCUGGGCUUCGGGGCCUCGCUGCUGCCGCAGGGCUUCGACUUCCAGGCGCCCCCGUCGGCGCCGCUCGCCUGCCACGGGCAGGGCGGCUACGGCGGCCUCGACAUGAUGCCGGCGGGCUACGACGCGGGCGCCGGCGCCCCGGGCCACGCGCACCCGCACCACCACCAUCACCACCACGUCCCGCACAUGUCGCCCAACCCGGGCUCCACCUACAUGGCCAGCUGCCCGGUGCCCGCCGGGCCCGGGGCCGUCGGCGCGGCCGGGGGCGGCGGCGGCGGCGGCGGCGGCGGGGACUACGGCCCGGACAGCAGCAGCAGCCCCGUGCCCUCGUCCCCGGCCGUGGCGAGCGCCAUCGAGUGCCACUCGCCCUACACCAGCCCCGCGGCGCACUGGAGCUCGCCCGGCGCCUCGCCUUACCUCAAGCAGCCGCCCGCCCUGACGCCAGGCAGCACAGCCGCGGCCCCCGCCGGCCUGCAUAACAGCAUGCCCUCCUACUCGCUGGAGCAGAGCUACCUGCACCAAAACGCCCGCGAGGACCUCCCAGUGGGGCUCCCUCGAUACCAGCACCACCCCACGCCCGUGUGCGACAGGAAGGACUUCGUCCUCAACUUCAGCGGCGUCUCCUCCUUCCACCCCUCCGCCAGCGGCCCUUACUACCACCACCACCACCACCAGAGCGUCUGCCAGGACAUUAAGCCGUGUGUCAUGUGAGCGCAGGGCAGGGGCGAUGGCCGAGGUGGACUCCCAGUGUGGCCACGCCAGUCACUUGGAGACCCCAGGUGAGCGUCAGGCACUGAUGUUUGUCACCGUUGGUCAGAGGACAACCCCUGGCGAGGUGACGCCCCAAACACACGCAGGCUCCCAGUGACGGGAGGUGGUGAAACUUACCACGCAGAAAACACAAACGUGGAACUCUGGGAUCUUCAUUGCCGUCAGUAAUCAGGGUCCGAAACACGCAGACGGGCUGUGUGUGUGUGUGUUUCUUUGUCUAUGGAAAAUGUGUGUGCUUUUUUAAAAAAAAAGGCAGUGCCCGGCACAAGAUUCCAAGAGAGCCUCAUCUUGUUGCCUGGCUCAGUGGGAGAGCUGUGUUUUGCCAAACGCUACCUUUGGAUACAGGUGCCAAAGAACAUUAUCAAGAAAGUAUUUAGCAACGAUGUGUCUAGUUUAAGAAACGUGGUCUCCAGUAUUGUGACAAUACAACGUUUUUACAAGGUUGUUUUCUACCACCAUAGUUUAAAGAUAUUUUUAUGAUCUUCGUGUAUACUCACACUUUGCUUGUAUUUUAAAAGGAGGAUAUAUUUGCACUUAUGUAUACUUUUACAGUUUGCCAAACUAUUUUGAUGUACAAUUUUUUCAAUAAAAUGUAUAUAACAAA